GCUUAUCUUAUUUAUGUCGGUAUUAUGGUGUCGUCGCUGUGGACUAGGGACUUUCGAUUUCAAUGCCGCUCUCCACUACAAUCACGGUAACUGCCAGGGUCAUUGGCAACAGUUCCAAGAUGAUGAGUUGAGGGAUAUCCCCAUCGAUGUCGCUGCAAACUCAUGAACAAACGCCAGACAAUCUCGCUGUGGUGGUCGCUGACCGCACUGUUGCUGUGUCGCGUCUUUUCCCACUUGGAGUGGACCGCGAUCCUGAGCGUGAAAGGGUGAUUGAUCAUUGCGCUCACUACUCCGUCUUGGCGGAUGCGAACAGGGCGGACAGGCGCCGGUGGAUCUGUGAAUUGUGCCGAAGCCAUUUGCCACGACUCUGGGCUUGUACUACUCGCUGCGAGACGCGGUUGUGCAUGCGUUGCCGGGAUCAAAACCAGUGGGUGAAUCGGUGAAUAUGGUUCAUCUACUUUCGGUGUUGCGUGUUCUCUAGAUGCAAAGAGUCAUUAGUCUAAAUGUCACAAAACUCGUUCAUAACCU